CAAUGUUUUUGUCUGCUUCCAGAGCUACCUUGGGCAACAAGAGGAUUUACAGGAGGAAUUUCAUCUCUGCCAAUCUUCCAUCAUGGCAGACAAGGUUCCUAACUGGCACAGCUAUCUUCAGGUGAUUCAGUCCCGUGAAUAUCAGAGAGUGCAGCAUUUUCAAAAGGCAGAAAACAUUUUGCUUAUUGUACUGGAAAGAGUCAAGACAAUGGAUCCUAGAAUUAUAGUCGAUUAUUCAAGAAACUUGGAAGCCUUGGAAUUUUCCCUCUCCGCCGCAGAAGAUGAAGUUACCAUGGAGGUUCCCUUAUGUGUCAAUGCUGAGGUUCUCCUGCUGCAACCAUGUACAGAUGAACAAAGUAAUUCUGAGAAUGUUACUCAUAGGAAUUGCCAGAUGCCGAGGCCAUGCUAUUUAGGGGUACCCAAGCAAGAAACCAAUCUGGAAAAUUGGACCAAACAAGAUGUGUUCAGUGCUGUGGAUGAUGCCGAUUCCAGGGGACAUAUUGUGCCAGGCAAAGUUCUUCAUCUCCUGAAAGAACUGAUAGUUGCUGCCAUUGUUCACUGCAAGCACCAGAACCUUAUUAAGCCAGGUGAACUUAGUGCUGAGAGGUUAAAUGAGGAUGGGAUGCAGCUGCCUUUGUUGGUGUCCAGUGACUGGAAAACGAUCUGCUUCAACAUUAUCCCAGUAAUGAGGAGAAAGCAGGAUGCUCCGAACAACUGGCAAGAAAGAGGUUUCCCAAAAGGCAGUCUGAGCAAAGUCAGUCAAGAAGCUGUUUUCAUUCCUGCCAGUUACCAUCACUGGAGGUACUCCACCAAUCGUCCCAUCUUGAAACUUCUUCAAAUUGUAAGCACCCUAAAGGGAUAUCGCCUGGACAGUCUCUGCCUUCUUGACCAAAUCAACCAUGAGUAUUGGAGAGAGAAAGGAGAGGAAAAGGGGCUCACAUUUCAACACUUGAAGAUGAUAUUGCUGUGGGCUACUCAUUUUUUCCCUUCCUCUGAAGAUUGGCUGAGUCUGGAAGGAUCAGUAUAUCGUCUGCUGGUGAUCUUACUCUGCUGCUUGGUGACCAAAGAUCUUCCCCAUUUUUUAUACCCAGAGCAAAAUCUGUUCAAGAAUGAUAGUCUCUACCUAACUGCCUUGUAUCCCAAAGUGGAAAGCUUUGCCAUAAGUCCUAAAUAUUUCCUAAAGUUUCAUUUUGCCCAAAGAGAAGGCAAGGAAUACCAUCAGAAGGAUAAUGGUCUCAAAGCUUUACUUCAUCUCCCAGCUGAAAACAGAGACUACUGGGAUACUGCCUUUUUUGAUAUGCUUCUUAGCAAGUUUCAGGUGAACCAAGUUAAAGACCCACAACGGAUCUCUGCUAUGUCAAGCAUCUUGUCAAAGAUUAAGAAAAUGGUCCAAAAUGAGAGUUGAAAAUUCUUGUGCCUGGAUGAAUUUUUGAACAUGCUUUAUAUUUAGCUUAUUUCUUGUGAUCAAGCUUCAAUUCUGAUUUUUGGGGUUUCUUGCUCAAGAAAAUAAAGCACAUAUAGCAUGACAUUCUUCAGUAUAUAAAUGUAGCACUUGUUGAAUUCAAUUUCAUUACUAAGAAUGAUGGUCCAAUUUGUAACUACUGUUUUUUUAUAAAGUAAGUAAAAUAUAUGGUGAUUCUCUGUCCAUAUACUGUCUUCCAAAAGUUGCUACCAAAUAGUAAUUGUGAAUGUGACAGCAAUAAUAAUUAUAUACAUGCAGAAUAAUCCUAUUAAUCGAAUUACUGUAAUGUAAAAUUAAUAUUUUUGUCUAGAGCUCUCACAGUCUUCAUUCUGUUCCUCAUUCACCAUGACAGAUAUAUUCCUUGAUAGUAUGCUACUAUAUUAGAAGAAAAUAUUAAGAUAUUCUGAGUCUCUUUAGGAAAUUCCAAAGUUCAGAAUGAAUACAGGAAAUGUUUUUUUAAAAAGGAUGUGAAGUAUUUUGUAUAACUUUUUCAGAAGCUCAGGAUUUAUUGGACAUCACGGUAUGUUAUUAUUGCAGAUUUCUAAAGGCUGAAAACCUGAUGAAAAACAUAGUAUAAGAAACUCUGGUCAUCCAUUGCUUUAGUAGGAAUUUCAGCAGUUCUUUGCUCACUUGCCCCCCUUACUGAUAAUGAUUGGUAGUACAUCUAUGAAUUAAAAACUGCACAAUAUCUAAGGGGUUGCCACAAAAAAGGAGUCAACCUAUUCCCCCAAAGCACCUGAAGGCAG